ACGCGCGCACACUCGGUUGAGUCGAGUCUAAACUCGGCAAAGAUUUAUUUCUUUAUAUUUUUUUGGGGGAGGGGGGGGGUUGUCAGGCUGGACACUUGCCGGGAGGAAAAACACGCUGCUUCCACACAGAAGAGGAGUAAACUUGUCGGUCUUCUUCAGAUGGGAGUCCCACGCGCGCGGAAAACUUGGGCUCACUUCUCUUCUCGGUGAUUAUCGGAACUUUUUGCGCUCCAAACAUGCCGGAGCGAAUCAGCGUUUCGGAGUUUGUGGUGCUGACAAACGAGGAUUUGUCUUCGCCGGGGACGUCGAGUUUUCAGUCGAAAAUGAGCGACUGUCGGAGCACAGUUUCAGCCGUGGAGGAGUCCCUGGAGGCGGACCACACAACUCUACAGAGGAUGAAGAAGACGAUCAAAGCUAUACACACAUCUGGACUGUCCCAUGUGGAAAAUAAGGAACAGUACAUCGAGCUGCUGGAGAAUUUGGGGAAUAGUCACCUGAGCCAGGACAGCAACAAGGUGUCCACAGGUUUCCUCAACCUGGCUGUGUUUACCAGAGAGGUCACAGCACUCUUCAAAAAUCUGGUGCAAAACCUCAACAACAUCAUGUCCUUCCCUUUGGAAAAUGUUCUCAAGUCAGAGCUCCGGGACAGCAGACUUGAACUGAAGAAGCAGAUGGAGAAGAGUUGGAAAGAAUAUGACAUUAAAAUAGGGAAGUUAGAGAAGGAGAGGAAGGAGAAGAGCAGGCAGCUGGGACUGAUCAAAACCGAGGGAUCAGACAGCGGGGAGGACAUGGAGAGAGAAAGGAGGACUUUUCAGCUGCAAAUGUGUGAGUACCUUCUAAAGAUCCAGGAGCUGAAGGUGCGUCAAGGUCCUGAUCUCCUCCAGAGUCUCAUCAAAUACUUCCAGGCACAGCUCAGUUUCUUUCAGGACGGGCUGAAAGCUGCAGAGAAUCUCUCUCCCUUCAUAGAGAAGCUCGCUACCUCUGUGCACACGGUGCGCCUGGACCAAGACGAGGAGGUGAAACAGCUCACUCAGUUGAGGGAUUCUCUCCGAUUGCUACUGCAAGUGGAGGGGAAAGAAGAGUACAUGAAUAGGAAGAACUCUGGCAAUGGCUACAGCAUCCACCAACCUCAGGGCAACAAGAAGUACGGGACGGAGAAAUCUGGAUUCCUGCUCAAGAAGAGUGACGGGAUCAGGAAAGUGUGGCAGAAGAGAAAGUGUGGUGUCAAAUUUGGCUGCCUGACCAUUUCCCACAGUACGAUCAAUCGACCACCAGCCAAGUUGAACCUACUGACCUGUCAGGUGCGGCCAAACCCAGACGACAGGAAGAUUUUUGACCUGGUCACUCGUAAUAGGACAUACCACUUCCAGGCAGAAGACGAGCAGGAAUGUGUGAUCUGGGUAUCAGUACUGCAGAAUAGUAAAGAGGAGGCUCUCAAUACAGCAUUAGGAGGCGACCAGCUCCACCUCCAGGACAGUGGACUCCAGGAACUAUCCCGAGCCAUUAUCACUGAGCUCCGACAAAUGCCUGGCAACGAAGCCUGUGCCGACUGUGGAGCUGCAGAUCCAACAUGGCUUUCCACCAAUCUCGGCAUCCUGACCUGUAUAGAAUGUUCUGGCAUCCAUCGAGAGCUGGGUGUCCACUACUCCAGGAUCCAAUCUCUCACUCUGGACUUCCUUAGCACUUCUGAGCUACUGUUGGCUGUAAGUAUUGGCAACAGCAGAUUCAAUGAUAUUAUGGAGGCAGGUCUUCCAAAUGACUCUGUCAAGCCACUGCCACAAAGUGACAUGAAUGCCCGAAAAGAGUACAUUGUGGCGAAGUACGCUGAGCGUCGAUAUGUCCUACGAAGGGAAGAAGUGGAUCCUUGCCGACUGUAUGAUGCCGUGAAGAGUCGUGACCUCAGUUCCCUUCUACAGCUUUAUGCUGAGGGAGCGGACCUAGCAAAACCACUCGCAUUACCUGAAAGACAGGGUAUCAAAGAGACGGCGCUCCAUCUGGCAGUCCGUCUAGAAGAGAAGACUUCUCUGGCACUGGUGGAUUUCCUCUGCCAGAACAGCAACUGUUUGGAGAAGAAAACUGCUGAAGGAAACACGGCUCUCCACUACAGCAUCCUGCAUCACAAACCAGAGUCACUCAAGCUCCUGCUAAAAGCAAAGGCAGCUUUAAACACAGUGAACACAGCAGGAGAGACAGCUCUUGAUCUCUCCAGGCGGCUGCAACACAAGCAGUGUGUGGACCUGUUGGAACUGGCACAGAGCGGGAAGUUUAACUCUCAGAUCCAUGUGGAGUUCACGUGGGAGACUCAGUCUCAGGAGCUAUACGACAGUGAAGAUGACUUGGACGAAAGGGCAAGCCCAUUAUCCAAAAACCGUGCAACACCUCCCACAAAUGGAGGUUCUGGAGCUUCCUUCACCAGUUGGAGUGUGGAUAAUGGUGCCAUUGCAGCCACAGCCAACAGGCCUUGUCAGACCUAUGAGAACCUGGACUUCUUGUACAAAAAUCCCCCAACUAACAGCGCCCCCACAGGAGCACCUUUGCCGCCACCACUCCCAGCAAAAUCGAUCCAAAGAGGUCGCUCAGAUCCUCAGAUAUCACUCACCACCCAUGAAGGCAGCCACCUUUUAAGACACUGCUCAUACCCAGCCUCUCACUCUUGCAGUCCCCAAAUGCAGGCAAAACAUGACCCCCCUCCUGCUAGCACAGAAAACCAAGGCCAAGGGGGAAAACCGCCUAAAUCUUCCUUUGGCCAGGGAGGUCUGCUGAAGUCACAAAGGCUGACGUGGGAAGGUGCACCUGGUGCUAACUCUGGGUCUCAUAACAGUGUGUCACCAACAUCUUCUCAGACCCACACAGGACCUGUUAGUUCACAGAAGACCACAUCGUACCGUCGAACCAUCUACGGAAGUGGUGUCCAAGGGAAGUGCAGCGUGUUGUCUCCCACCUCUCAGGGCAGCCAGGAGGAGCUGUACUGCAGUUUGGUGGGGAAUAAUUUAUGUCUUGGUUCGUGUGCUGCUUCAUCCACAGCAUCAUCACCGACCAUGCCUUCAGUUGCCCCACGAUCCCGCAAGAACGCUAUGGUUUCUGUCAGCAGGCCCCAUCAUAAACGUGUCAAGGCGUUAGUGGACUACAGAGCAGUCAGUUCUGAGCACCUUGACUUUUUUAAAGAUGAGAUAAUUGUGGUCACAGCCACAAAUGACUCCCACUGGUGGGUCGGUCAUAUAGAGGGGGAGCCUUCCAGAAAGGGGAUCUUUCCUGUCAACUAUGUGCACAAGCUGACAGACUGAAGGCACGUCGGGAUGUCAGAGUCUUGUUUGAGGAAAAACCCAACCAGCACAGGAUGCUUACUGAAACCCUAUCUUCCUCACACUGUGGGAUUUAUCUACGAGAGUAGACCAGUGGAUCAAAAAUGUACUCAAACAAGGAUUUUAGGAAACAGUAAGAGGAUAUAUGGUAUAAUCCAAGUGGUACAUGUGGAUAAUAACAGACUCGUCUUUGGAUUUAUACCCUCACCUGGAACCGACUGCUUUUGCUUUUGUACCUUCCAACAUAAUUCCACAGGUCUGUGUUGUUUUAAAGCUGUAUAAUUGCUUUUGAGAAGUACAAAUGCAUUUGCAGUGGAGCACAAACUCUUCUGAUGUUCUAUCAUAUAUUUGAGCAUUAAUAUUACACUUGCACUGCAGAAGAUUGAGUCGUCCGUAGUGAUCUUUGCUCUGCGUUUCGAGGCACCGCUUACCGACAAAGACAAAAUCCAUUCAAGGCACUUUAAAAAUCAACAGGAAAUUCCUCCGAGAGGUGGCCGAAGUGUAAAUGUGUGUCCGGCUGUACGGUGAUGGAGCUGCUUUUAUUUCUGAACGGAAAUUCUAGUUCGUUCGCCGCCUUCCCUGGAACUCUGAAACUUGUUCUGUACCUGCCAGUCUGUCUCCAGCAAAAUGCCAGACAAGUGAGACGUCCAAGGAGAGACAUGAAACUUUACCCUGCCCAUCUUUGCUAAAGGCACGACUGGCUGGACCCUGGCCGCAAAGGAUCCGUUUUCCUCUGGCUCCGUACAUCCCUCUCUGGAGAAUAAGAAAGAUUUAU